GCGGAUCAUCAUUCCGAGGCUUCGUCUCCUUCUUCCCUCUCUGCCGGUGCCGGGAAUGGUGCGAAAUCGGGACGUGGUGGUGUUAGUAGUAGUAGUCAGGUUGAUGCAUUGGCCGCUGGUAUCGGAAAUUUGAACUUCGAGGAGAGUGGAGAUGAUGAUGGUUUCGAUUAUGGUCAGAAUGAUUUCACGGAGCACGCUUGCAAGUAUUGUGGUAUCUCGAACCCUGCUUGUGUGGUUAGGUGUAAUGUCGCUUCCUGUAGAAAGUGGUUCUGCAAUUCAAGGGGGAACACCUCGGGCUCGCAUAUUGUGAAUCAUCUGGUUCGAGCUAAACACAAGGAAGUUUGUCUCCAUAGAGAUAUUGCGGAAGGUUUUAGGUUUUUUUUUGGCGGCUAGACAUCUCUGGUUAGCAAUGGCCUUCUCUUCUCUACUCAGAUCUGCCGCCACUUCUGCCGCCGCUCCUCGUGUCGAGCUUUAUCCAUCGUCUUCAUACGAUCAUUCUCAGGUUACUUCAAGUCUUGGAUUCAGUCACAACCUGACCUCGUCCAGAUUUUCUGGUGCUGCAGUUUCAACUGGGUCAUCUUCAUCUUUACAAAAAUGCAAUGCUAGAAGCGUACAACCUAUCAAGGCCACUGCUACAGCUGCACCUCCUGCUGUUGAAAGGUCAAGGAGCAGCGGAAAGACAAAGGUCGGGAUCAAUGGUUUUGGUCGAAUUGGAAGGCUGGUCCUCCGUAUUGCAACCUUUAGGGAUGAUAUUGAGGCUUACAUGUUCAAGUAUGAUUCUACUCAUGGAAAUUACAAAGGAACCAUCAAUGUAAUUGAUGAUUCUACUUUGGAGAUCAAUGGAAAACAGGUCAAAGUUGUCAGCAAUAGAGACCCGGCUGAAAUCCCGUGGGCUGAUCUUGGAGCCGAGUAUGUUGUUGAGUCUUCAGGAGUAUUCACUACUGUUGGAAAAGCAUCAGCACAUUUGAAGGGUGGUGCCAAGAAAGUCAUAAUUUCUGCCCCUUCAGCGGACGCGCCCAUGUUUGUUGUUGGAGUAAACGAGAAGACAUAUCAACCAAACAUGGAUAUAGUCUCCAAUGCAAGCUGUACCACCAAUUGUCUGGCACCUCUUGCCAAGGUGGUGCAUGAGGAAUUUGGUAUUCUUGAAGGCUUGAUGACAACAGUCCACGCCACGACAGCUACUCAGGAAACUGUGGACGGCCCAUCAAUGAAGGACUGGAGAGGAGGCCGAGGCGCCAGUCAAAACAUCAUUCCUAGCUCAACCGGUGCUGCAAAGGCUGUAGGUAAGGUCCUUCCAGAACUCAAUGGAAAACUAACGGGAAUGGCGUUCCGUGUUCCAACAGCAAAUGUUUCUGUUGUGGAUUUAACUUAUCGACUUGAGAAGGAUGCAUCGUAUGAAGACGUUAAGGCAGCGAUAAAGUUUGCAUCAGAAGGACCACUUAGGGGCAUUCUUGGGUACAAAGAAGAAGAUGUCGUCUGUAACGAUUUUGUAGGAGAUUCAAGCAAAGACAGACAGUGUCGUCGUCCUUCUCUGUAGAGAUCCUUGUUAAAAUGUUAAUGCCCUCAAGGAUAUGAACUGGGACGUAAGUCAGUGGUGUCCCUUGAUUGACGAUAGAUGUUUCCUCCCCUGGCUUGUUAAGGUCCCAUCAGAGCAGGAACAGCUGCGCGCACGCCAAAUUAGCGCACAGCAAAUAAACAAGAUAGAGGAAUAAUGGAAGACAAAUCCGGAUGCUACUCUUGAAGACCUUGAGAAACCUGGUGUAGACGAUGAACCUCAGCCUGUUCAACCUAAGUAUGAAGAUGCAUAUCAGUAUCAAAAUGUGUUUGCGCCAGUAAUCAAGCUUGAAGCAGACUAUGACAAGGUG